UGCAUGUCAACCUCUUGAAAUGGGGUGGACUGUGGUGAAUCCGUGCCUUCCCAGCAAGGCACGCCAUUUGGUGUGCUGGGGUAUUAAUUCAUGAGUGAAACCUGGGAAAUUCUGAGUCAACAGGAUACCAACUAAACACUUAAACUAACGGAACAACCUCCUCGACUCGGAACCGCGGCAAGAAGCAAGAGUCUAGCUUUUUAGUAGAGAAGAGGACAAGAACAGGUCACAGAAGCACAAUGAACAUUCAGUCUGCCAUCAACAAAGAGGUCUUCAUCCCUCGUGAUGAGCGGUUGCUGGUGGCAGUGGAGGUGUGGAGGCGGAAAAGGAAGAGACUGUCCCUCCUACUGAGUGGAGCCAAAGCAGAGUAUGCCACAUUCAUCUGUGUGUCAGUGACUUACACGAGGCCACAUCAGCUCCUCAUAACAAAGGUGAAGCGAUUCAGUGGAUCCCCCUCCUUCACUAGGAGGUCCCAGUGGACGGUGGAGCAGCUCCGACAGGUCAAUGGCAUCAACCCAAACAAGGACACCCCGGAGUUUGACCUGGUGUUUGACAAUGCUGUGGACCAGUGGGUGGCCAACUCAUCAGCAGAGAAGUGUAUCUUUGUCCAGAUCCUGUACCAUGCCUGCCAGACCUACUGGACGGGAAAAGCAGGGGCUAUGGGAAAGACUGGAAAGCUGGGCAAGAUGGGCCGCCAGGGGAGUGCUAGUCAGGGCACCCACGAUGAGAUCAGAGCUGGUCCUAGUGGAUCCUCACCUCGCUCUGCAUCCAGAACCCUGCAGGCCAGACGGAAAAGCUUCAUUCCUCCCAAACAGACAGAGUUCAUCAACUGCCAGUCCAAACUCACAAGAGAUGCCUGCACCAUGAAUCUGGUCAUCUAUCGCUGCAAAGCCUUCUUGAACCAUAUGAAGAAAAGGAUGGUUGCAAAUCAAAACCGAUCAGCAGGUCGAGGUCAGCCUGUCACAGGCAGCACUGUGGGUAAUGUAGUCCAGAGGGUGACCGUGGCUCUGGGGGAGCGUGGAGACAGACUGACUCGUGCUGAGGACAAGACUGUGGAGCUGAUGCAAAAAACUCAGCAGUUUGCAGACACUGCUCACAAGCUGGCCCUGAAGUAUUCAAAGUAGAGUCUUUAAAGGAGGAGGAUGAAUUCUACAGGAUGUUGAAGAAGAGUCUUGUAACAUGGGCACUAACGCUGUCUGAUGCACUCUGGGCUCGGUCUGUUUGUGUGGAGACAACCGGAGAAGAGCGACUCCCAGGCAUUAUGGACUGUCCCAAAACUGCUUCCUUUAAACCUGAGUCUCAGCUAAAUAGUCUGUCAUUCUAAUCUUUGCUUUUCACCUCUUUUCCUCGAUCUGAGGAUCAUCUGUGUUCAGCUUUUGUCUUUAUCCUACUAUCAGAUGAAGCUACAGUUAUUUAACAUUGUGUUGUGUAGUGAGAAGUUGAAAUUUAUCACAUUUAUCAGAGGGAAUUGUAAAUUGUUGGUAAUGUAUGUAAAUGAUUAAAUUGCACUAAAUGUUUGAUUUGAUAAUUAUCCUGCAACUGUUAUAACCACAUGUUGCCAUUCGUAUGUGUUCCUUAUAUAUGUAUGUGUCUGUGUGUUUGGAUGUGUCAGCGUACAGUACCGUGUCCAGUGGAGUGUCAUGAUGUCAAACCUGUUUUGUCCUCUAAGUUCAUAUUGAUGUAUCCUGAAUGUCAAAGUAUCACUUUAAAUGUUUGUAUGUUGUGCUGUGUCGUCUGCUUUGUACAUGUCAUCACUGUUUUUGGGUGUGUAUUGUUCUGAGUGUUUUUCGUUUAGGGGAGUUCCAUAUUGAGCAGUGUGAGUGAAGCUGGUCUGCGUAGAAAAGUGAGGUUGAAACAUUGAAUCUCCUUGUAUUCACAUCUGAUUCAAACAGUGAGUGGUGUAUUUGGGAUUUGAACUUGUUGUUCCUUGUUAUUCUGAUAAAAGGGAAUAUAUUCUAA